CUUAAAUUUGAGCGCUCUAGCUCUCACCGUCUCCCGUGGACAGAUAACGUUAGCUACAAAGCAAUCCGAUUUCUUUGGAUGACUUUUUCCGACCACAGAGCUAGCCUGAUGUGGUGCAGAAGGAUGCCUCAUCUCUGCGCUGCUCAGGAGGGAGGCUCAGCAUGUGAAAACUCACCGUCCGCUCUGAGAGUGUUCCUGUCUGCGAGAGAUAGGGACUGCAGUCACUGAGCUCCACGCCGCAUCGUCAAAAUGAUUAAAACCUGUCGUCCUGCCUGUUCUCUGCUAAUCCUAUUCAGAGAAACAGGGAUCAGACUCGGAGAAGAACCCUGAGAGACGGUCGGAUUUCCCCGGGAGAAGGAGAGAGAGAUUGAUGCGCAGAUUACAGAUGCUUCCUCUUUCAAACACGUUCCUCCACUCACACUUUCAGCUGGGACUGAGUGACCAUUUCGAGCGCUAGGACAAGGAGAGAUCUUCAUCAUGAAUACAGAUGUCUGGAGGUCCUGCGGCGCUGCCGACGGCCUGAGGAACGGGGACGCCAGCAGUUCCUCUCUCGCCGCCAAAGGCUUCCGAAGUGUGCGCCCCAAUCUGCAGGACAAGAGGUCCCCAACUCCGGGCCAGAUGACGGUGAACGGGAGCCUGGGCAGCCCCCUCAGCCACCUGCAGAGGCCCUUCUCCCCCCCAGGGUACCCCCCUCCACCCCCGUCUCUCAGCCCCAACAUGGCCCGGCUGCAGCAGAGCAGGAGCAUGGAGCCCUUUGAGUUCGCCUCCCUGGACGCUGUCUCCCCCGGCCACACCCACGCCAGCGCCACGCCCGUGUCCCGCCCGGUGGAGGAGAAGAAGGCAUCCGUCCUCAAGCCGCCCCAGUACACAGUCUCAGGCCCCACGGAGGAGUCUGGGGUUCCCAUCACCGUCAGAACGAUAGCGGACAGGCCAAAGGACUGGUAUAAAACCAUGUUCAAGCAGAUUCACGUCGUUCAUAAACCAGAUGAUCAAUAUGCUGACACACAUAAUCCCACGUAUCUGGUAGUAAACACAGACGGCUACAGCCCACCGAACCCGAUCCAGUCCCAUCCUCCGCCCAAGACACACACCUACCGACCGCUCUGCAAGAGCACGUCUGACAACGGCACACACGUCUUCAAAGAGCCUUCGCCUGCUCUCUCCUCCCCCUCCCCCACGCCCGCUCACCCCCCUCCCUCGCCCAUGCACCCCGCGCCCUCCCCCCGGCCCGUGGCAUCAGCGGCGCAGCCCAGACCGCGGGACCAGGACAGAGCCACGCCCGAAACGAAUGAGUGGGGACCUCCAGACAGAAAAGUGGACACUCGGAAAUAUCGAGCUGAGCCCAGGAGUAUCUUUGAGUACGAACCAGGGAAGUCCUCCGUCUUGGAGCAGGAGAGGCCGAUUAAUGACUUAAGCCCAGAUGAGAUAGAUUUAGAGAAUGAACCUUGGUAUAAAUUCUUUUCUGAGCUGGAGUUUGGACGCCCGCCUCCUAAAAAAAUCCUGGAUUAUAAUCCAGACAGCUCUACUCGAGGCUUCACAGAGAUGUCCCUCUACCCCUCGCCCACUGACAGGAUUCCGGAGCGGGCAUCCAGCUCCGCCAGUGACUACAGGAAGAGGAGGAAGUCAGAGCCGGCGGUCAGCCAGCCCCAGAGACCGCAGAGCAGCCAGACCAUCAUCCAGCCCUCCCACCCCCGCCCUGCCGAACCCCACAGGACCGCUAGCGCUCCUCGAAAACCGCUGACCAGCUCCUCACCCCCGUCCCCCUCCAGGGGGACCAAAGGUGGGGUUAUUAGCAUCAUGCACUCGCCACAUUUAGGUUGUUCAGGUCCCAACCACAAUGCCUCACAUGACCCAGAUCCCACCCGUCAUGGCGACGAGCUCUUUCCCAUCAUCCCGCUGGGCUCUAAACGGUCCUCCUGCUUCAGGAACGGCUGGCAGAGGCACCGGCAGGACGCAGAGAUCUGGAGCAGUGCAGAGGAGGCCACCUCCCCGAAGCAGAAGUCCCGGAGCUGCAACGACCUGCUGACGGACGAGCAGGAGGGCACGGGGGAGGCACAGGGCCGGUCCGAGAGCGUGGGCUCACUCACACAUGAGGAGGGGCCAGACGGAGCCCCCCGGGCCAACUGCGAGAGCCUGGAGUCCCCGAGACCCAGGUCCCGGCACCCGUCAGCCCACGACACGCCAGGCUUCCUCAAACUCUACAAGAAGAUGCACCACAUCAACCGCAAGGACCUGCUGGCCUCCGAGGUCAUCUGCUCCGUCAAGUCCAGGAUCCUGGAGUACGAGAAGGAGAAGAACGCAGGCGGCAUUCCGGACUGGAGGGAGCAGAGCGAGGAGGUGCCGCGAGACAUGGUGCCCAACCGGAUCUCGGAAUUCGAGAGGCUCAUCAAGAAAUCCAAGUCCAUGCCCGACCUGGGGAACGAGGCGCUGUCGGAGCACACCCCGGCCUCCUCCAGGAGGAGCAGCUGCCCCAAGCACCGCUUCUCCAUCGAGUCCCUCCUGGAGGAGGACCCCCGGAGCCGAAACCCGCCCGAGGGCGAGUCGCAGUGCCCCAGGGGCAAGGCCCCGGGACCCGUCCACAUCCAGGUGACGGAUGACUCACGUGCGGUCCACGCCGCCUCCCGGCACGACUACUCGGACAGCGACCAUGACGCCGCUGUCUCCGACCUCAGCGACUUCAUCCAGAUGGAGGGGUCGUCCUUCUGCAGUGAGAGCGACCUGGACCACUGCUCCCUCACCUCCUCUGAGAGCGUCUCCGGCUCCGGGCACAACCACCACCACCACCCUCGGCAACUGGUCAGCUCCUGCAAGGGACACUGCCCAGCCUCCUACACCCGCUUCACCACCAUGGUCAAGCACGAGCGGGCCAGGCAGGAGAGGAGGCAGCACCUGAAGGCCGACGAUCCCGACGCUGGCCUCUCCAAGCUGGCGUUCCUCGUCAGCCCGGUGCCUUUCCGACGGAAAAAGUGCCCGCCUCCCCAGAAGCAGACCCACAAGUCGAAGUCGAAGAACUCGAUGUACGAGGCCCUGGACUCGGCGCUGAAGGACAUCUACGACCACAUCAGGGCGGAGAAGAGGCGGGGCAGCCUGCCGGACAACAGCAUCCUGCACAGGCUGCUGCUGGAGCUGCUCCCAGACAUCCCGGAGCGGAGGUCCUCGCUCAGGGCGCUGGGCAGGCGACAGCACGGCCCGCUGCACCACCCGCAGCCCGACGGCAUGGCCAGCCACCCCUCACACCAGCCCGAGAGCUUACGGCUGCCCUACAGCGCCUCCUACCACCAGCACCUGGACUGCAACCACAACCCAGGCAACGCUAACGUGCUAACCUGCUAUCAAGAUAAGGACCCCCCCUCCAGGGGCUACGCAUAUCCAGAGGUGGGGCGACACACUCCCCAAAACAGAAGACCCACCCCAGACAGAGAAAAACAGCCAGCCAGAGCAAUAUAUGACUUCAAAGCACAGACAGCAAAGGAGAUCACAUUUAAGAAGGGGGAGAUGGUGCUCAUCAUCAGGCAGAUCGACAACAACUGGUACGAGGGAGAGAUCAGAGGACGAGUGGGCAUCUUCCCCAUCUCUUACGUGGAGAAAAUCCUGCCCACGGAGAGGAACCAGCCUGCCAGGCCUCCUCCGCCCACGCAGAUCAGAGAGAUCGGGGAAGCCGUAGCCCGCUACAACUUCAACGCGGACACCAAUGUGGAGCUUUCUCUGAGAAAGGGCGAGAGAGUGGUGCUUCUGAGGCAGGUGGAUCAGAACUGGUAUGAGGGAAAGGUCGUGGAGACGAACAAGCAGGGCAUCUUCCCGGUGUCCUACGUCGACGUCAUCAAGAAGUCCCCCAUCAAGAGCCCCACCUCCCACACAGAGCCCCCCCUGCUCCACAGUCCCUCCAGCGAGAGGACACACUCGCUAAGCUCUUCCAAGCCCUCCUCCACCUCCUGCUCCCAUCCUUGGUUCAGUACGCCCUCCCCCCCGCCCAGAAACCGCCCUGUGCCCUCCGCAGUCCCCCAGCGGGGGCAACUGCAGUCCGUCACCAACGAGUGGAUCGCCCUGACCCUGGGCAUGUCGCCCUCCAGCACCCCUGGCCCCACCCCACCCCCCUUCCCCGCCAGCCUGCUGUCCGAGCUGGAGGCCCUCGACCGCCUGGUGACCCCAACACCGGUCACUGCCUGGGGUCGCCCCCCGCCGACGAGCAGCCACCCCCCAAGUGCUCUUAAGGAGGGGCACUUCAUUCCGAUAACGUCCCCCAAGUCCUACCCAUACUCCCCCGAGCCGAGCCCCUCCCCGCUGCCCUACCUGGCCUCGCCCUCCUUCUCCUCCUCCCCCACCUCCCCAAUCUUUGACAGCAAGUAUGGUGGCAGCGGCGAUAUUUUCUCGCCCAAUGACAAGCCGGUCCUAGACAGGAAGGAGGUCAGUUUUACAGAGACGCCAUCCUCUCACAAACCCAUCGACCUAACGGUGUACGAGCCAAUCGAGGGUCCCUCCUUCAACAACGAGUCGUUGUCCGCCAAAGACCAGGAGGAGGACCUCUGCGAAGAGCUUGUGUCCAUCAUCCAGGGCAGCCAAUCAAAGGGCGGGUUUUCGCAGGAGGAGGGGUUUUACAGGCAGGCUCCAGAUAUAACUGAGGAACUCCCCUUACUGUACAUAGAGGAGGAGCCCAGUGAGAACAGCAGGUCGGAGGUGGUCUUUAAAACCAUUUCCCCCGUCCAUAGUGAAGGCACAAAACAUGAGGCUGCGGUUACCACAGGCGCCCAGCCGCGUCCAUCCUCCUCACCCUCUCACCAGCCCCACGGCCCCACCUCCCCCCCUCCCCUCCCCAAACAGUCCCCCCCAUCCCCCCGCACCACCCCUCCCCUGCCCUGGGCCUCACGCUCCCCCCCUCUCUCUGCCAAACACUCCCCUCGCCUGGAGACUAGGUCCCCCAAAGCCAAGCCGGCUUUAAAGCACGAGGUUAUUGUGGUGGGUAAACCUCCCCGUAGUCCCGUGCUGUCUAGGAGGUCCUGCGGGUCGCCCAUUAAAGGUCAAAGUUCUCUGCCGCCUCAUAGGUCACAGCGAUCGACGUACGCACAAGACGCUCUGCACUGCCAAGGAGAACCGUUCCAAGCCAUCUACAAUUACACCCCACGUAAUGAGGACGAGCUGGAACUGAAGGACGGGGAUAUUGUUGAUGUGAUGGAAAAAUGUGAUGACGGCUGGUUUGUUGGAACAUCAAGAAGAAGCAAGUUUUUUGGAACUUUCCCGGGGAAUUACGUGAAACGUUUGUAAUGUCUGAUACUCACUGGCAUUCUUGACUGUUCAGCACAACCACAGUGGAUGUACGCAGCUACGGAGGAAGGGACGUCACAGAAUUGUCUGUUUUACACUAAAAGAUAACCUUUAGCUAUAACUAGCCAUCUUCAUAGAAGACUAUUCCAGCAAUCUUUGAAGUUUGUAAUUUAUAUUCCAGUCAUUAUCUACGGCGAGUGUUUGAAUUCCGUCAUCCCCGGAUCUGAAGGAAGAAAAAAAAAAACUGCUUCCGUGGUCUGAGGAUAAUCGGUGCACCGUGUGUGUCAUUUAAAAAGUAUUUCAGCGUAUUAUUUGCUGGCUGUGUCUGCCGAUAUGCAAGAAGUGGAAGAGAGCGAGGUGUGAACGCUGUUUUGCGCGAUAUGACUCAGUUUCGGUUCAUGAAUUAAAUCCAUGGCAAGGCUUGCCUUGUUGGCACACGGAAAGAUUAAAAAAGCUACGGAGAUACCAAGUGCCCUGUUGCCUUUUCCUUCAUGUUGGGGUACGCCGUCACCGUUCUCUGCGCAAAGGGAAGGACUGCCUUGCGUCAUACAGAAACGGGGUGCAGGAGCUGAAGCUUCGUGGACAGAGACUGAAGCAGUAUUGCAGUGUCGUGUUAGUGCCAGAAAAUAUGGUUUCCUGGGAAACCAUUUAUAUAUACGAAUACUCUAUUUGACUUAGAAGAGUGGAUUGCAGUAUCUUCACGUUUGCUGCACUGUCUUUAUGCCUGAUCCAGUGUAUUCAAGCUGACUAAAACUGCCUGUUCAGGAACAAACUUCACCCGCUCGUUUUAUUUUUUUAAUCAGAUAUUUCUGUCGGCAAUUUGAAUAAUUUCAUGUCUGAGUGAUCGCUACGUUUCCAUUAGGCCUACCCGUUUGUUGUUAAAUCCAAUAUCCCAAAACGAAAGCUAUGAUCAUUAAAGUAUAUAUUAGCAGGUCGUCUCAUUUGUGUCUGUAGGCUGUAAUAAAUGCUUGACACUUUCAGACACACAGGCGGUGUCCCAUGACGCUGUCAUUUAUUAAACUGGUGGGAGAUGGGACAUUUUUCCUUCUUAAUCUCAUUUCAGUGCUUGCACCUGUCACAUAUUUUGUAUGUUUUCUCUGUAAUUGAUAUGGCUGGUGGCAUUUGAAGUGUACUUUCAUUUUUAACUGAAUAAUUUUUAUUUGAUCAUGUGGAAAGCGUAUCUCUGCAGCAGAUAUUUAAUGUGAUCUUUUAAUUUGCGCAGGUCUCACGCGUCCAUCUGUCUAAUGUGAUAUGUAUGAAAUUAUUUAUAAUAACCUUUUGGGAGGAAUUGAUUCCCAAACCUUUAUUUAACAGUGUUCCGUUUGUGUUGAAAUCCAUUCAUCUUUAACUUUGAAAAAUGUGUGAUUUACUGUUGCUUAAGACAAAGUGUAAUACGGGAAGGAAUUUACCAGCAAAAAUACAUUCUGCUCUCAUGUACUUGCGUAAAAGAACCAUAGUUUUGUUUUAUUUUCUCAGUUAUCUGCCUUUUUGUGUUAUGCUACAGAAGAUAUACUCGGAGGUAAUUUGGCCAGCUCAUUUGUUGAUGAUGAUGACGAUGACAAUUUAUGAAGACAUACAAAACCAUCGUUUAAGCACCUUAAAAUGUUAUUUCGGGGUUUUUGCAUCAUCCUGUUGCAACGUACCGUGUCUGCCGAUUUCUGCGUGUUUUUUGAAGCCGUAAAUCAGUGGAGCCCGCUCCGCUCAUCCAGUGUUCGUUCCUGCGCGGUAUUGGCUUUUGCCCCAAGGUUAUUUCACCAUCCUAUUCAUCACACAGCCAUCCACAGGGAUGUAACCUCCACUCACUGAGGUAAUAAAUAAUUGAAUGAAAGUGUUGGCAGUAUUUAUUACCAGCAGCAAAAGGGAUGUCAAAAAAUGUGUCUGUAUCUGAGUGCAUGUGUGUGUGUGUGUGUGUGUGUGUGUGUGUGUGUGUGUGUGUGUGUGUGUGAGUGAGAGAGUGAGAGAGUGAGUGAGUGAGAGAGUGAGAGAGUGAGUGAGUGAGUGAGUGAGAGAGAGAGAGAGAGAGACCUGGAAGCAUGGAAGAGUACUGAUUUGAAGUCUGCCAUUUUGUGGACUGACAGUGAUACACAUUGGAGCCUCGUGUCUUCAUGUAGACUGGGCACUGAGUGUGCUUGGCCCAAAUGUCCCACUGGCCCUUAGCCACCCCUCACCGUCUGGAGCUCUAUUCACAUAAACUAUCGGAAGCAAUGCUGUGACGUUCUCACCAUCCAUGUUUCUUACGUUUGUUUUUUUUUUUGUUUUUUGUGCAAUUGUAUAUCUAAUAAAUACUGCCUGAUAUACUGCAA